UAUAAAAUAAUAAGGAAUCCUGCGAUGAACAUUCAUUCUACACUAACCACACUUCAGUCGAGGACCAAUGAUGUAUCUCUGUUACUUCACGAUGAAUUUGCUACGAUGUUUUUUUGCCAGCUGGUUGAUUUUUAUGCUCGUUGAAGAAGCAUUCUCAUUAAAGGAAGCUGUGUUAGACCGAGUAGCGUUUACAGGCCCAAUAGCUGUGAUAAAAAAACAAGACUCAUCUCUACAACUUGCGAUACCUCACGCGUACAAAUCAAUCGGGCAACUUUGCAGUUAUAAUUACGAUGAUUCUGAAGACCAAAAUGGCCCAAAAGAAAAACUGAUGAUUGCGUGCCCCGCACAUGGUGCUUUGGCGACCAUCGAUGAAACUAAACUACUUUAUCUGUCCGAGUACAUAAGCGGAAAAAAAUCAUUCUGCAGUUCGAAUUAUUUCAGACCCUCGGUUAAUAAAGUUGAAGAAAAUAGUGACGACCACGUAAAACAUUGCAACCAAUUGAAUGCAGACAUGUAUGAAGUUGGAUACAAAGUAUUAAAGGACGAGGAAGGAAAAGAUAUUCAGUUUUUAUCCAUCUAUAAAAUAUGCUAUUCGAAGACCGAAGGUAAAGAAGCUACACUAUACUCAAUUCACCGUAUUGAAUCACCGGAUCUGCUGUUUGUGGAUUGUAUAAGAGAAUUUAUUGAUUAUGAACCAUUAUUCGACGCGUUCAAUUAUAAAUCGGAUUUGGAUUCCAGUUUAAGCACUAAAGAUUCGUUUGAAGGCACGGUUUACUUUAAAUAUAAGUUUGUUGGAUAUGAAGAUAUGCCAAACAGACACUGGAAAAAUACGACCCAUCUUCUUUUCAAUUACACUGCCAUCACUAGAAAUGAAGAUAUAUUAAAGGGCAUGAUAAGAGCUGAUUGGUACAUUAGACUGUACAGUUAUAAAAAAAACAAACAGUUGAAUUUGUACUCGGGUACGCAUCAAAAAGUGAUGGAAGAUGCUCCACCUAUUGAUUCAUUUUGGAGGGUUAUUUUGGAUGAUGACGGUCGUGCCAUUAUUUUAGUAACCCAACAUACUGAAAAGAAAUGCGGCCAAGAUUAUUUAUGCGAAAAAAAUCGUCAAGUAAAAACAUACGAGGAGAGGGGCUGCAUAUAUACCUGUUCGCUGGAUGCAAAUGAAAGCCUACUCCAAGUGCUGGGUUUGCCAUCGUUGGGGAUUACUGGAGAAUUGGAUAUCACACUUGAAACAGACAAAACUGAGAUAGCGCUUGCAGAUGGCCAUAAGACAUUGAAUUCAAAACCCUCUCAAACCACUGGUAUUAUCGAAUUCUUGGCCAAUAAAAGUUUCAAGGAUGCCUUGUUAAACAUUGAUAAGGAUAUUCUUAAAAAUCUGUACUUUUUCUCAUCAUGAUACUGGCAAUCAGGACUUCAUAGUACGCCAUACAUAUUAUCACUUUGAUGUUAUCAUUAAUCAAUGGAUAUUAUUAUGUAUUAUUAUUUUCAAUACUUUUAUGUAAUAAUUAUUAGUAAGCUGUUAGAUUCACUUUUCAUUUUCAUUUUCAACCAAUAUUAUAAAUCUGAAUCAUAUUAUAAAAGAUUAAGUAUGAAAUUUGUGUCCGUACCUUCAAGGAAAUGUGUUGAAGUCUACCUACGGCAGUGAGACAUUUGACCCAUGCGACAUUUCACCCAUGUUUUCAUCAUUUGCUAUUUUUGAAAAACGACAUUUCACCCAUGGACAUUAGACCCACAGAAAUAUAAAAAUAAAUCAACAUUUCGCCCAUGCAACAUUUGACCCACGGUGAUGAAAAAUAGCGAC